UUUCCAUGAUCAGCUGAAAAUGUCUAGAAGGUAGUUUUCUUUGGCAGUUGUCUCUAUAAAGAACAUAGGUAAUAUUUAAACCGUGAAAGGAUCUCAUUGGUUACGAUGAAACUUCUCAUCAUUUGUUUCAUCACAGUUACCAUCGCAAUUGAAUCAAAUUAUGGAAAAGAUAUAGGAAAGCUAAAGAAGCUUUUUGAAUGGUGUCCUGAAAAUAUUGAAUUUGUCUUUAAGAAUCAAAAACUGUUGAAAAAUUUGUUGGCUACUGGUAAAUUUAUACCAAAGAAUAAUGUUCCUACGGGAAUAGCCAUUCAUCCAUACAAGAAGGAAAUGAUUAUGGCCAUCCCUAGAUUUAUGCCUGGAGUUUUGAGUACCCUAAACACAGUUAAAAUAGGUCAUGGUAAAUUGAAUGCACCCUUGAGUCCUUAUCCUUGUUGGGAAGCUAAUGACAUAUAUGGAAAAAGCAAAUAUCCGUACAAGAUCAUAUCCGUUAUACGUACAUUUGUGGAUUCAUGCGGCAGACUAUGGGUCAUAGAUAGUGGAUACGAUAAAAAACUGACUAACAGAACCCAAAUUGAAAAACCAAAAUUGCUGAUAUUUGACCUAAAAACAGAUAAACUCUUGCGUAUUCACAAUUUUGAUGCUUCUGUAGCAAAUACAAAAAAUUCAUCUCUGGGAAAGAUAGUAGUGGAUGUAACGCCAAAAACUUGCAACAAAGCUUUUGCGUACAUAACAGAUGUUAUGGUUCCUGGGUUAAUUGUGUACAACUACGCAGAAAAUAUAGCGUACAGAAUAGAAAAUAAUUACCUUCAACUCGAACCUUUGAAAAGCAGUUUUCUUGUCGAGGGUAAAAAAAUAUUUGCAGGAGUAAAUAUAGAUUCGAUUUGUCUCAGCGGAAUGUACUCUGAUCGUCAUCGCAAUUUGUACGCAAGCCCUCAAUUGAGUAACAAACAAUUUAUCACCUCGACCAAGUUCCUACGAGACAAGGACUAUUGCAGUUCUAAAAGCUCAACAUUGUUUCACUACUUGGGCGAACGUUGCUCCAAUUGUACUCCCGGUGCUCAGGUGAUGGACGAGAAGACAGGUGUCAUGUUUUACAGCGACCUCAACAACAAUGCUAUCAGCUGUUGGAACGGUGAUCACAGCAAAUUUGGACCACUCACCCAGGCACAGGUCGCUGUGUCAACGGAACUCCGCUACGUCAGUGAUCUCGUCCUCACUAAAGACCGAGAACUGGCAGCUCUCUCAUGCGACUUGCGAACAUUCUUCUACACAAACAAAGGAGUCACUGUGAGAGUCUUUGUGGGAGUCGUCGAUUCUCUUAUCAAAGGAACUGUCUGCCAAUAUCAUCCCAAAGUUUCUGCGUCAGCUUGUUGCCAAGAGUAGAGUAAAAGAAUUUGCUGUAUUGCUAUAGGUAAACUACUGCAGUCUGCAUGCUGCCACUGUAACCAGUAUUGGACAAUGUUAGACUUUAACACUGAUUAAGUUGACUGUCAUAGUUCAAAGUAUGCCAUUUUAAGGACUGACGAUUGUCAACAACCACUGUCUUUCUGUGUAUUACUCUCAGUGUAUCAUGUACUUUAAAGAAAAAUAGAAUUCAACCAAAGCUCUCUUGUUACCAAUAAAAAAGGCAACAAUAACUUGUAAGACUACUUUUCAGUAUAGUUAGUAUGCAAAUCAGGUAUAAAUGAAAAAAAAAUACUAGCAAUAGUUAUAUAUGUAUAUGUUUAUGGAGUUAUCACCUAAUAUUCCUGCACCAUUAUAAGCUUGUACUGGUCUUCACUUCCCCAGAUGUUCAAGAAGUAAUCUGGUAUUAAUUUGAAAUACCAUUUUUGCUGACAGUAAUCUCAUGAACAUAACAAAAGCAAUGUUUUAAGACUCAUUAUUACGUAUAAUAUAAGAAAUUACCAUGACAA